UGUAUUCGUGUGCGUUGUUGCGGGACAUCCUGCUGCAGGGUCGUCUCUACAUCUCCAGAAACUGGCUGUGUUUCUACGCUAACCUGUUCGGGAAAGACAUCAAGGUGUGUAUCCCCGUGGUGUCGGUGCGUCUGGUGAAGAAACACAAGACAGCCGGCCUGGUGCCCAACGGCCUGGCUAUCACCAUGGAUACGGCUCAGAAGUACGUGUUUGUGUCGCUGCUGUCCAGAGACAGCGUGUACGACGUCCUGCGGAGGAUCUGCACUCACCUGCAGGUGAACGGGAAGAUUCUGAGUCUGAAGCAAUACCUGGAGGAGCCCAGCUCUCUGUCCAUGGACGAGUUUCCAGAGGUGUUGAAGUGGAGGAGGAAGCCUUCUCUUCCCGCCGUCUCCUCCUCGCUGCCCGACCUGUUGGGAAACUCCUCCCCGAGCCUCGUGGCCGACACACCCUUCAGCACACACACACUCACAGACAGCAGUUUGGAGACGGAGAAGAUCCUGCUGACAGAACCAGUCCCUGAACUGGGCCAAUCAGAGUACCAGCUGCUCAAACUCUUCGUCCUGCUGGUCUUCCUGCUGGUUUUGUCUUCCUGCUAUCUGGCUUUCAGAGUCUGUCGUCUGGAGCAGCAGCUGAGCUUCCUGAGCAGCCAGACCCCCCUGAAAGAGAGGUGUGGAGAGCUGCCCUGCUGGCUGGCCAAUCAGAGGACAGGAACCUGACACUGCAGCCAAUCAGGGAGUGGAAGAAGAAGAAGAAGAAGAGACCUGCACUUACGUAGUCCGUCCAUCAGAGGGCGACGCUGAGCAAAGACUGUACUCGCCGCCGCGACCGGGUUACCAUAGAAACGUCACAUAGAGGUCGCAAGGGUUCAGGGACGAAGAGAUGCUGUAACAUAACAGAUAUAGAAUAUCAAUGUGUGUGUGUGUGUGUGUGUGUGUGUGUGUGUGUGUGUGUGUGUGUGUGUGUGUGUGUGUGUGUGUGUGUGUGUGUGUGUGUGUGUGUGGUUUUCAUACUGAUGUGAAAACAGCUGUAAUAAUUUAUUAUGAACGAUGUUUAUUAUUAUUAUCUCGGAAAUGGCGGAAUGGUCUAAGAAACUACAUUUCCCAUGAGCCUCAGCGGCUGUUGCUAAGGAUUUAAGUCAGAGGUGCUAAUUCAAAACACAGCAUCCAAAAGUGAACUCCUUUAAAAUGCAGACUGUAAACAUAAGUGAGUUAUUUAACUUCUGUUCAGAUUUUUAAGCUUUGUGAUUGGAUGUUUUUACUGCAAUGCACCCUGGGAGUCGUAGUUUACUCCUCUCCUUCAGAUUGUAUUUCCACAGGUUUUUUUAACUUUUCGUCAGUUCACAGAUACUUUCUAACAUAGAUGCUCUUUUUUUGUUGUUAAUUGACAUGAACCCCUUAAAGUGAAAGCUACACAAAGCCAACUACUACUCCCAAGAUGCAUUUCAAUAUCAAACAUCCAAUCACAGCGCUUUAAAUCAUUCCAUUAAAAGUGUGCUGAAGAUGUCACUGAUUUUACAAUCUGCAGAAAAUAAACAGGAGAUUUAUAUCUGAUAUUAGUAAUCAUUAAUUAAAGUGAUCCAGGACACAUGUUGCUUUGUUGUAAAGUUAUUAACAGCUUUUAUUCAAAGACAGAUACUUUUUAAAGCCGACAAAGUGCCAGAAAUAAGAAAGUCAUCUGUAAAAAAAACAAAACAUUAUGAAUGAAAUCAACAAAUGUUUUAAACUCGAGUUGAAUCGCUGCCUUUAUUUCAAAAAGUGUUUAAUCUCGUGGAGAAACCUUUCCUGCUGAAGUUGAAUGAAUCUUUCUGUAAAUGUGAAAUGUAGGAAGAGGAUCUGGGCCAGGUGUCGUUUUGGGGAGAUUUUACCAAAAGAGUGAUUUCUUUUUCAAUUUGUUAAAUUAAAGGCAGAAUUCUGCGAUUUUUUGAAAAUAUUUGCAAUAUUUUUUCCCCUCAGAUUUCUGUUCUAAUCUCAGAAUUAUGAAAAAAUAAGUUUAAAUGUAUUUUGUAUUUUUUUUUUUAUAUCUCGCAAUUCUGGGAAAAGUUCUGACUUUUUUCUCGGAAUUCUUAAAAAAUAUUUUUUACCUCUGAUUUUAAUCUCGGAAAGUUUACUUUAUCCUAAAAGUCGGAAUUCUGAGUAAAAAGGUAUUACAGUAUAUAUUCUUUGACAAUCGCAUAAUUCUGAUUUUAAUCUUGGAAUUCUGAGAAAAAAAGUAUUUUUUUACGUCUGAUUUGUUUACUUUAUCCAAAAAGUCAGAAUUCUGAAUAAAAAUGUAGUAUAUAUAUUUUUUGGAAAAUUGCAUAAUUCUGGGAAGAAUUCUGACUAAAUUAAAUUAAAUCUUAUUUCUGAGGGAAAAAAAUCGUAAUUCUGAUAUUUUCUGAGAAACAAUUCCAUAUUUUUUCUUAUGGAAUGUCAGAAUUCUGAUUUCAUUUUAGAAAAUUCUGACUUUAAUCUAAGACUUCUGGAUGAAAUCGUAAUUCUGAGAAAAUCUUUUGAAUUCUGAUUAUUUUUCUGAAUUUUUUUUAUUUUAAUAUAUAUUCUUUUUAAUUCCCAUGUGUCCCGAAUCCUCUUCCGUAGAAACUGAAUACUGCUCAUGGUAAAAAAAACAUUUACACUUGAUUUAGUAUACUUACUGUGCACAGAUGACUAAUUACUGCAGGUGCUAUUUCAAAUGUACUAACAAUUGAUCUAAUUUGCUUACUAUAUUAUUAUUGCUUCUAAAGAUUUAGCGUCAAGCUUUUUAAAAAUGCACUUUAUUCCCACUUAAAUUAAAUGAUAUUUAAGUGAACUCCAAAUACAUGUCCUAUACAUUAUAAUAUUUAAAGUACUUUAUACAUGUAUUUAAAACGAAGUACAAUGUUUUUUUCACUUCUUAAAGAUGCACUUUAUUCCAACUUAACUUUAAGUGUUUUCAAAUAUAUUAAAAUAAUCAUUCCCAAUUCUUAUCAAUGAUAUAUCACUGCUAAUCCACUUAUAAUAAAUACGAAUUAUAUAUAUAUUUAAUAUCCCAAAAACUGUGAAUAAUACAUUUAAAUAUAAUUAAUUAUAAUUUAGAUUUUUAAUUAAUUCUAUAUAAAAUGUUUUAUGUUUACUUAUGUAAUAUAUAUUUCUGUCAAGCACUUUUUUUAAUAUUAAAAUGAUUACACAAACAGUUUUUUAGUGUAUCUUUAGAAGCCCAAAUUAAAUACAUCGUAGGCAUACUAUGUACAUCGUUAGUACACCGGGAAUAGCACUCAUUCAUUACAAAGUAUAUUCAUUAACUCAAAUGUACUUUAUUUUGUGACCUGAGUUUAGUCUCCUGCAGUUUAAGGGAUUUUUAUAAAACACAUGUUCAGUGCCAAGUCUUUGAGAUGUUUGUGAGAAAUAAAUAAAGAGCCUUGUAGGAAACUACGUCAGAGAGAACACACUGCUAGCCGUUAGCACACCAUGCUAACAAAUAGUGAAUUAACAUUUAUGUUUGACGCAUUUAAAGGCUGGGGAAAUAUUACAGAUUUGUUCAGGAUGACGACGAAAAGCGUUUGGAUGUUUUUAACUCAUUUUGUAGUUCUGGAUGUAAUAUUAAAACACAUUUCAAUCACCGGA